UCAAUUCAAUGACGUAGUUUUGGCUCUUAAUAAAAAAAAGAGAAAUUCAUUAAAAUAUGAGUGUUUUGUUUGUGUCCUGCCUUGCUGUUUGUCUGUUGCCCUUUGUACACACUGCCCCAGUCUCUGUGGCUUGGUGCUAUCACAUGCCAUGGUGUAGUGAUACUGUUUGGUCAACAAUAAGUAAAGAAUGCAAUGGCACUGAGCAGUCUCCAAUAAACAUUGUAACUGCAAAUGUUCAGGCUAAUACUAAUCUAACAUCAUUUAAUUUCACUGGUUAUGAUGAUGACACAAACUUAAUUGAGAUAAAAAAUACUGGCCAUUCAAUUAAGGUUGCACUUGAUCACGAGAAAAUGCAUGUGGAAGGUGGUGAUCUGCCAGGCUUGUUUACCAGUAUGCAGUUUCAUCUACAUUGGGGUAAUGGGAGUACAAUGCCUGGAUCUGAACACACAGUUGAUGGCAAACAAUACCCAAUGGAGUUGCACAUAGUGAAUAAGGCAUUAACUGAUUCAACAUUGGCUGUCUUUGGUUUCUUUAUUGAGGGCACUAAUGACACUGGGAAGCCAGAGAGCUGGAAGACGUUAACGUCUUAUCUUGCAGAUGUUGCAAAUGCAGGUGAUGAAGCGUGCAUUACCGAAUAUAUAUCCAUGAAUGAUUUGCUUCCUGGGGUGGACAGAACAAAAUAUUAUCGCUAUCAUGGUUCUUUGACCACACCCAACUGCAACGAAGGUGUGAUGUGGACGAUCUUUAAAGAGCCUGUUAAAGUCAGCAAGGAUUUGAUUGACCUAUUCAGUACAAAUGUCUUUAUCAACAAGGCAAGCAGCUCGUCCCUAAUGACCAACAACUUUAGGCAUAUCCAGCCCAUCAACGGCAGGAUUGUGACAUCACAAGUAACUGAUAUUGCUGGUCCGAUUGUACCUUUAGCCACAAACUCUUGUCUAUCAGACCCUUCUGUUUUUCAGACUGAAGUAUCUCAAUCUACAUUUGAUCUAGUAAUGGAAGAAUACUGGUAA